CAGACAGCUGCCUCUCUGGCUGGACCGGGAUGGUAAGGGUAUUGUGCCAGUCAGGGAGGAGGGCCCAAUAAGGACAGGGAAGGGGCGGGCGUAAGGCUGCACAAAGAAAACCAUCACUUCAAAAUCCUUCUAAAAAUCAAAGGAGCACAGCAACCCAGAGCUUGUGCUCAGUCUUGAACAGGGUAACUCUAGCCACCACCUUCCCUGGAAAAUGCCUCCCAGGAUGGGCAUGUUUUAGAUGCAGGCUCCCGAGUCCCAGAAGUUGAAGGCAGGUUAUGGGCUGGAAGGACCCAACCUCAUUUGCUGUAACUUGCCGCCUGCUAAAAAUGAUCUGGAGCAAGGAGCCAGCUCUCCCUUUCUCCGCCCUCCUCCUCCUCCCUGACCACACUGGGAGGGAUCCAGUGUCAGCCUGCAGCUGGCAUUGCAGCUGGCUUCCAGGCAAAGAAAGGGAGAUUGCUGCUUGGAGGCCAGGGGGUCUGGUUUCUAACACUUUAUUAAUAGCAAAUACACACUCCUAUGCUACGCCCACAUCCAGUCCAGAACACGAGGAACUGGGCUCCUGGAGAGAAAGGGACCUGAUGGCAGAUUCAGAACCCCCUUUGGAGCUGCACAUAGACGAUUCAGGUACAUGCUUAGAGCUCGAGGGAGAUGCUACAGAUGCCCUGUUGGAGCCUGAAGUGGCACAUACCCCCUUGGAGCUACAUAUGGAUGUCACAAAUGCCCCGCUGGAGCUGAACAACACAGACGCACCCUUGGAGCAGCAUGUGGAUGGUGCAGAUGCUCCCUUGGACUUAGAUGUUGCGGAGUCCCAGACUCUGAGCAUUGAGGAGCUGGGAGAGCAUUUCCAGGAAUGCAUUGAAGCUGUGGAGCAGCUGGAGAAGGAGAGGGAUAGCCUCAUCCAGGAACUCACGCUGCUCCGGGAACCUGCCCUUCAAGAAAUCAGACAAGCUCAUGAGGAGAUACUGGCAGCCUACAGACUGCAGGCCAAAAUGGAGCUGGAGCGGGACAAUCUGAGAAACGAGAUCCGACAAGUCAAGCAGAAGCUAUUCAAGGUGACCAGAGAGUGUGUGGCUUGCCAGUACCAGCUGGAAACCAGACGGCAUGACAUGGCCCAGUAUGCUGUCUAUCGGGCUGAACUGGAAACCAGGGUCAGCCAGCUUUCAGAGGAAAUAUCGCAGCUGAGAGAGACUUGUGAAAAGCAGAAGGAACAGUUCAGGCAGCGGCUGGAGAUGCCCCACUACCGAGGGGACAGCCAUUACUUGCAGGAAAGCCGAAGGCUUUCCAUGGAGUUCGAGAGCUUUGUGGCAGAGAGCCGCCAGGGCCUGGAGAAACACUACGAGCCGCAGCUCAUUUACCUUUUAGAAAGGAGAGAAGCCAGUGCUAAGGCUUUGCAACAAACACAGGGAGAGAUUCAGGGGCUGAAGGAGACACUGAGACCACUGCAGGGAGAGGCCAGCAGGCUGAGGCUGCAAAACAGAAAUCUGGAAGAACAGAUCGUGCUCAUUAAGCAAAAACGGGACGAAGAAGUUCUCCAGUACAGGGAACAGGUGGAAGAGAUGGAAGAGAGGCUAAGGGAGCUGAAAAAUGAGGUCCAACUUCAGCAACGUAAGAACCAAGAGUUGGAAGAGCUGAGGACCAGCCUGCACCAGGAGCUAUCUAUUUACAAGGGCUGCUUAGAAAUCUAUGGUAAUCUUUGCAACUCAGAAGAGAAAGUCGAUCAAGACUGAUUCAUGGACUUCUUAUUCUAUCAGAAAAUAAAUGCAGAGGCACUAAAUGAGAAGGACUGAGGUAUCUGCAGUGAACACUUACAUUUCCCUCUCUCUGCUCACCCCUCCUAAAUAAGACAUAGCAGCUAUUUAAAAUCAGGAAGACUAGACAAUCAUUUGCUUGUUUAUAUUUCUUGAGGUGCUGCUCUGUUGAUCUUCUAGCAUGGUAAAAAGAAUGAAGCUGCUGUCCUCCAGGAGAGCACAGAAAAGUACACUUGCACUAAUUGACGAACAUAUAAAGAGGAACGAGAGAUGUAUGUUUUGCUGUGUAUUUGGAAAGCAUAUCUGAUCUUGCUUUGUAGGUGGACUGUAUAAGCCUACACAGAAAGGGUCCUAUCGAAAGGCAAUUUUUUUGUUUCGAAGAACACACUUCAAAGGACUACUGUUGUUGCACGGUAAACAGGACGGUUUCUUUUGUAGCACAAAAGAUGAUGGUUGUAUUGUGACAUGUUCUAGUAGGGUCCAUAAACUAAGUUCCCAUAUAAAUGGUUUCCACUUUAUAUAAAAAUUUCACCUUGA